AAUUAUAUAAAGGGUGACCCAAGAUCAGAAGAAAAAAAUGGAAAUGGAAAAAAGAUUCAGAAUGAAAACGAAACCAGCUAGGUUUUGGAGAGCACACGUUGAUGUCGGUAUAGAUCUGUCAUUUGGGGGUAAUAAAGUGGGGAUUGAAAAUGGAGGAUGAUGAAUUUAUAGCAGAAAGUUAUUAUGGGGGGGAGAUUUUGGUGGUGCUUUAAUGGUGGUGGGUAGAACAGAGAAACGAAAAGACAUUAACUCACUGUUCUGGUAAUGGAUUGUUGUGCGUAUAAGGAAAGAUGAGAGCUUGAGAAUAAGGGUAGAGCCUUCCUCAGUAGAUUACUGCCCUGAUAUGCCGUGAAGAAAAUAGACGGGUUAGGUGGGUGGUGAAAAUAUAUGUAAUAAAGAAAACUUUUCCGA